CACCAGUUCCUUUCGCGUUCUCGAGGUGAACACAUCGAGUCUCUGCGCUGACUCUGAUCGCUCAGCCACUCGAUUGUUUGCUAAGUGAAGUGACAGUGAAAUCCAAAGUGAUAAAUUGCAAAAGUUUCCACAAUGGAGAACGAGCGUCGGCUCCGCUCCAAGGGCCCGGUGAAACACUCACCAAAAAAACCCCUCAACCUACCCACUUCACUUCCGUCUUCUGCAAACUCUCCAAAAACGCUUCCCCAAAACAAACCCAUCCCGUCCCUUAUGGACAAAAAAAUUUUGCCACCCCCACAAACUCACGCCACUACAUUAAAAUCCACAAAACACACCCAACAACGUUCACGCACACCCUCACCAUCAAACUCCGAAACAUCAGCAUCCUUUUCGUCUACCACUUCGGAAAAAUCGUCUUCAACUACCACUUCAAAAAAAACUCUCAUUUCGCUACUCAAUCCAAAACAUCCCUGCCCCACUCGCCACUCAAAAAAGCUUUUACUCUCACCUCAUUUCACUCGGCCUCCACCAAAUUGACUCUCUAAAAGUCAAUUACAACAAAUCCGCUCUUCUUGUUCUUUCCAGGCAACUUACCCCUAUCCAAAUUUCAACGCUUCAAGCUGGCUUCCCUGGCUCGAAAAUCCAGUUCAAACUCUUAAACCCCACACGCCUCCUACCCCAAAUCGAACCCAAACCCAUCACUUUUUCCAUCGUUGUCAGAGACGUCAGCUCUGACAUCGAACCCCAAGACGUCAUUUCAGCCCUGAAUAAUUUCCACAUUCAAAAAGUUUGGCGCAUCAUUUCCGCCAAAACCAACAAACCAACUCCUCUCAUGCGUAUCGUGACACCGGACAAAACGGCGAUCGACACACUCCUGUCAAAUGGCCUUUCACUUUUCGGCCACGUUCACCCCUGCGAGCCGUCGCACCCCCCAAAACCAGCCCCUCUCCAGUGCGCCAAGUGCUUCACAUUUGGCCAUUCUUUUUCCCAAUGCCCCAACAAGCCCAUCUGCCCCACUUGCCCCGACAAUCAUCGGUCAAAACCGUGCCCUUCCGCAGUUUCAAACCCCAAAUGCCCCAAAUGCCAGGGGAAUCACCCCGCCUGGUCCCGAGAUUGCCCCCAAUUUAUCAAACCCUCCCAAAUGACCCCAGAAACCCCCGUCGUUCCCAUCAAAAUCGUUGACAAGGAAUUCGAUCCCGAAAAUUCUGACGACGACUCCGACGAGCGCGAACCCUUCGUUUCUGCCGUCAAUUCCUACGCUUCAUCACAAAAACCCUUUUUGACCUUUUUCCGUUCGAGAAACAGAAAAUCCAAUCUGUUCUCGAACAUUCCGCUCGCGCUUGUCUCCGACGCGAUCUAAAAAUCUCACACUCAUCAAACAAAAUUCACUUCACUUUUGGAUAAAUCCACCAUUUCGGUGAAUCCUUCUGGCCCCCGUUUCAAAAAUGGCUUCUCUGAAUUUCGCCACAGUCAAUACGGGAGGGAUUUCUCGUAAAUUUGCCUCCUUGAGACAUUUUCUACACAUCGACCAAAUUCACAUCGCAGCAAUCACAGAGACACAAUCCAAACGACCCGUAAACAUCACAGGCUUCCACUCCUACAACAAACCCAGCCCCACAACCCGAGCCAAACACGGCGUCACACUUCUUGUCUCAACUUCACUCGCUUCAUCUCAACACAUCUUACCCCCCCAUCUUGACCACCUUCAAGCCGUUGCAGCCACCAUUCACAUUAACAAUUUAAACAUUCUGUUUAUUUGUUAUUACAAUCCUCCUCUCGAAACCGUCAGUACCCAACUCCUCGAUUACACUUCCACAUUCAGACACGCAGUCAUUCUCGGAGACUUCAACGCUCGACACACCGAUUUUGGUGACACAAUUUCAAACACAAACGGCAGACACCUCACACGCUCUCUCAACACUCUUCCUCUUUGUCGUCUUCGAAAUCAAUUUCCCACACUCAUCAAUCACGUUGGCACAUCGAUCGUAGACCACAUCAUUGUGACCGAUAAUCUCACACACAUCACAAACACAGACUCUUUCAUUGGCACCACAGUCACCUCCGAUCAUCUCCCUCUUGUCUCAAACUUCACACUUCAAGGCCCCCAACCGCGACCCACGCACAUCCCCAUUUUCGAUUUCAACAACACAAACUGGACCGACUUUCAAAAUUACAUCACAAACAACCUCCCACACAUUGACGACACACUUGACCCCAACACCAUUGACACACAAGUAACACAACUAACACAACUCAUCAAACAAGCUCAAACACUUUUUGUACCCAUCAAACACAUUCCAACAAAUCGCAAACCAUUGCCCCCUCAAAUCCUUGCCCUCAUCCGAGUCAAACGCCGAAUUUAUCGCGAAUUCGUGCAAACCAGAUCUCCAGUCCUCAAAACUGUCUUUAACCGUCUCAAUGCACAAAUAAGACGUGACAUCAACCAAUUUCGUCUUGCCCACUGGUCAAACAGUUGUAGCUCCCUCGAUUACCGAGACGGCAAAACCUCCCCCGACUUGACUACGACGCUGACCUCGACCCAGACCCCGACCCAGACUUUCCACCCGACAACCCGGACUUGACCGCUCCAACCACCAACGACGAGAUCAAAGCCCUCAUUAUCCGGCU